AUGCCCUCUGUUUCCUCUCUCAUACGACUGAGUGCUGGCGAAGGCACCGGCCCCGUCAUAUUGCUCAGAGAUAUUGAUCAACCGUUCAUCUUCGAGAUCAGGUUUUCUGGAAAACCGUACCGUCUAGAGUUUUAUGAUACAAAUAGCCCCGAGAAUUGGAAGCUUCUCGAGCCGGACAUUGUCAUACUGUGUUAUGACAUAAGCCAGCGGCUGAGUCUCAUCAACAUGAGGAGACAUUGGCUUCCAGAGGUGAAGAUGUCAUUCCGCAGGCCCGACCGCUUGCCUAUUCUCAUGUUAGGUCUUAAGAGAGACCUACGAUCCGAAGAUGACCCCAAUGGGAUCAUUUAUCCCCAAGAAGCAUACCAGCAGGCGCAGGAGAUUCGCAUAGACAAGUAUAUGGAAUGCUCUGCGGUGACGGGCGAACUACUCAAGCUGGCAUUUGAGGAGAUUAGUAAAACCGCGGUCAUGACGCGGAAGGCCGAGGGAGGGCAGAGCGAAGGCGGCUGUGUCGCCAUGUAA